AUGAUAUUUGGAGGCUUGUAUAAGAGAAGAUUUAUUCCGUGGAUUGCGUAUAGGCCGUUAACAUUUCAAAUUUUGAAUACUGGACUUAAUAUCCCACUGUGGAUGACCGUAGUUAUAUCAGCAUGGAAUUAUCCAUACCUGUAUAAUCAAUCGUCAAGAUACGCUAAUGGAGUAUACUUGGGUAUCGCUUUCUGCAGUGUUGUUUUAUAUGGAUUAAUUACUGGUACACUUAGGCUGAACAUGGACGCUUUGAAGGCAAGCAUAGAAGAGUCGAAACCAGUAAAUGAGAAUGGAACGAAAGAAAGAAGUAGUAGAAGUUCUUAUUACGAUUCCAGUGUUUGA